GGAAACGGGAGGAGUUCCUCCCGGGAUAGACUGGUAUCAGAUAGCACGCGAAACCGCCCCUGUAGGCUACGGCGCAAACGGUUGGAAUCUCAGCCCGUUAAGGAACCAAGCGUCUUCACGGGUUACUUAGGGUUUGUAAUUUACAGACAACUAAGAAACCUAACGUAUCACCUCAUCAAACCAACGGCCGUAAAAGACCAUGGCGUCCUCACCGCAGAAAGCUCCUUCUCCGUCUAAAGCCCCGACGCCCAAAUCGCCGCCUUCCAGAAAGAAGGAUGACUCUUUCCUCGGAAAACUUGGGGGAACUUUGGCCAGACGAAAGAAAGCGAAAGAAGUGUCGGAGCUGCAGGAGGAGGGCAUGAACGCCAUCAAUCUGCCCCUGAGCCCCAUCCCCUUUGAGCUGGACCCUGAGGAUACCAUGCUGGAGGAGAACGAGGUGCGCACCAUGGUUGACCCCAACUCCAGAAAUGACCCCAAACUGCAGGAGCUGAUGAAGGUCCUCAUUGACUGGAUAAAUGAUGUGCUGGUUGGGGAGAGGAUCAUUGUGAAGGACCUAGCAGAGGACCUUUAUGAUGGACAGGUGCUGCAGAAGCUCUUCGAGAAGCUGGAGGGGGAAAAGCUGAACGUGGCUGAGGUGACUCAGUCUGAGAUCGCUCAGAAGCAGAAGCUCCAGACGGUUCUGGAGAAAAUCAACGACACCCUGAAGCUCUCCACCCGCAACAUCAAGUGGACCAUCGACUCUGUUCAUGCCAAAAGCGUUGUUGCCAUCCUGCACCUGUUGGUGGCGCUGUCUCAGCACUUCCGCGCCCCUAUCCGCCUCCCUGAGCACGUCUCCAUACAGGUGGUGGUUGUGCAGAAGCGGGAGGGGAUUUUACAGUCCAAACAGGUUCAGGAGGAAAUCACAGGGAACACAGAGGCCAUGUCAGGAAGACACGAGCGUGAUGCCUUUGACACACUGUUUGAUCAUGCACCAGACAAACUCAACGUGGUCAAAAAGACUCUCAUCACUUUUGUCAACAAGCACCUGAACAAGCUCAACCUGGAGGUGGCUGAGCUGGAGACGCAGUUUGCCGAUGGUGUGUAUCUGGUUCUACUGAUGGGGCUGCUUGAAGGCUACUUCAUUCCACUCUACAACUUCUUCCUGACCCCCGAGAACUUCGACCACAAGGUACACAACGUGUCCUUCUCUUUUGAGCUCAUGCAGGAUGGUGGCCUAGAGAGGCCAAAACCCCGCCCAGAGGACAUUGUCAACUGUGAUCUCAAGUCCACUCUGAGGAUCCUGUACAACCUCUUCACCAAAUACAGAGGAGUGGAAUGAGCUGAGCUGGGCACGCACACACACACACACACACCACACACACGCACACACACCUGCAGGAGAUACUUAGACACUUGCCAGCAUGAAACACACGCAACCCCUUGCCACACAAACACACAACUCCCCCUCCUUACCCACACACACACACACAUACACAAACCCCUGCUCACAAACACACAUAUCUUUUAUAGAGAUGUACAGUGUAAGCACAGCAUAAGCAUGUGUCCUCAGUGGUGCGUGCAUCCAGCGGACGCACAGACCCACACACACACACACACACACAGCACAACAUAAGC